AUGGCCGGUGCGGUGUGGUGCCUCCUAAAAUCCCUCUAUGGUCUCAAGCAGGCAAGCCUGAUCUGGUACCAGCUCCUCCGGAAGGUCCUCGAAGCUCUCAGGUUUGUGCACUCGGAGUUCGACCAUGCUCUGGGGGAAAUUGGGAAGGCCUUUGGCAUCAAGGAUCUGGGGCCAGUCACUAUGUUUCUCGGUGUACAGUUCAAGCGCGACCUCCAGAUGCAUGAGCUCUGGAUCAACCAGGAAGCAUACACAGACAUGCUCCUUGCUGAGUAUGGCCUCACAAACUGCAGCCCAGUUUCCACACCCCUCGAUCCCAUCCAUCCUCUCGGUCAGGAGUCGGAUGUCCCUCUAGACAUUCCUGACUUGUGCGGCGGAAAUGGCUGGACUGGAGCGACGACGUGUGUUUCGGGAUACGUGUGCACCGUUUCGAACGAGUGGUAUUCGCAGUGCAUUCCGGGUACUGCACCGCCAGCGCCAUCGACGACAGCCCCACCGACAGUACCAACACCAGGCAGUCCUUCCACCACGGCGCCAAGCGGUACGAGGCCGCCUACUGGACCACCGACGCUCGUGUCGGGAUGGAACUUCAUCCGCGCAGUGACUUCACCUAACUUCCACAAGUACCUUCAGUCAGAGGUCUACCAAACCGAAUCAGACGCCGUCCUCGGCGAGGGUGCCACCGCCGCGCAGUUCCAGAUCACGAACGGGCAGUUGGUGCAGAAUGUUGCAGGUGGGUCGCUCUAUGCGACCGUCGAGCCGCGGUCAAGCUCCUCGGUCAUGCGCCUCAAGGUGUCGUGGUCCAAGACGCCCGACACGCUCGGCUCGUUCAGAUUCAGCGGAGACACGGUGGAAUGGAGCUCGCCUACGAUCAGUCGGCCGCAGACUAACGCCUGGCUCGUGUGCGCUGACUCCUCUGGCAACAGAGAUGUGUACAUCAACCUUGGGGCGUAUGGGUACCAGACACCUUCUGGUUGUAACGACCACACCAUUCACGGGUUCACGGGCACUACCCCUGAUUAG